AUGGACUCAGAGUUAUUUGUUGAAAGUCAUUCUAAACCAAUCAUAACUUAUGACUCUAUUACAUGCUAUAGCAUUUUAAUUAAUUAUAUUGUUGGUACUGGUGUUUUUGGAUUACCAUUAGCUUUUAGAACAAGUGGAUUAUUAUUAGCAAUUUUAAUGUCAAUUACUUUCUUUGUACUUUGUUGUAUUACAGCAUUUUGGAUGUUAGAGUCAUUAGCCCGUACAUGUGGAUUACAUUCAUUAACUUCAGAAGGUAGACCAAUUACUCAAAUAACAACAAUACCAUCAAGUGUAACAAAAAUGGGAAAUAUAUAUUUUGGAGUAGUUGGAAAAAGAACAGUAAUAAGUGUGUUAAGUCUUUUUUGUAUUGGAGCACUUUGGGCAUAUUCAUCAAUAUUUUCAUCAACAACUACAUUACUAUUAUGGAAAUAUAUUUUUCCAAAAUAUGGAACUUGUUCAGCAAAUAUUGGUAUUUGGGGAUGGUUUGAUCAUUGUCAUAUUACUUAUAUUUUUUCAUUACUAUUUUAUUCAAUGCUUGUUUUACCUAUGUCAUUCAUGGAAAUAGCAGAACAAGCAUUUGUUCAAAAAUUCUUAACAAUGUAUCGAUUUGCUGCUAUUUUUUUAAUGAUUUUUACGUCCUUUAUUAGUUUAUUAUAUCGAUCACCUUCAUAUUCUGAUGAUGAUAUUAUUGACCCAAUUGCUUUAUUUAAUUUAAAUGGGUUUGGAGCUGCAUUUUCAGUUAUUUCAGUAUCACUUGCAUGUCACCAUAAUAUUCCUGAAAGUGUAGCACCAUUACAAAAUAAACGAAAAUUAAAAAAAUUAAUAUUUAUUACAUUACUUUCAGCAACAAUAAUUUAUAUUACUCUUGGAGUCAUUGGUGCACUCUGUUUUGGAAAGAAAACAGUAUCACCAAUAACAACAAACUGGUUAGAAUAUACUGGAUGUGAUGGUGGAUUUGGAAUAUGUCAAGAUCAUAAAAUAAGAUGGUAUGGAUAUGUUAUUCAAAUUACUAUUCUCAUGUUUCCAUUAGUAAAUUUAACAUCAGAAUAUCCAUUAGUAAGUGCUACAUUAGCUUCAAAUAUUUCACAACUUUCAUCUGAAAAUACUUCAAAAGUUUCUUUCAGUUCUAAAUGUUUAGCUGCAUUUCCACCUUUAUUAUUAGCAAUGAUUAAAGCUGAUUUAUCAAAAAUAUUUGGAUUUACUGGAAUAUUUGGAUUUGUAUUAAUUCUUAUUCUACCUUCAAUGUUCCAAAUUUUCUCUAAAAAAACUUACAAACUUCAAUUUGGUAAAAAAGCUUCAACAACAAUUUAUUCAGGAGUGUAUAGUACUUCUAAAUUGGCUUGGUGUGUAUUAAUUAUUUCUAUUAUUCUUUUUGCAUUUUCUGUUGUUCAAAAUCUUGACAGUUUAUUCAAUAUUAAUUGGUUAAAUUAA